CUAUUUAGAUUAUUCCUUAUAAAUUUUCGCUACUUUAACAUCACGCAACCACCUCGAGAUAUAUUGUUAUAAUGUCCACAACCUACGAAGAGUUUUCUUCCAAGCUCGACCGCCUGGAUGCCGAGUUUUCGAAGAAGAUGGAGGAGCAGAACAAAAAGUUCUUCGCCGAUAAACCAGACGAGUCAGCGCUUUCACCCGAGAUGAGGGAACACUAUGAAAAGUUUGAAAAGAUGAUUCAGGAGCACACCGACAAGUUCAAUAAAAAAAUGCACGAACAUUCUGACCACUUCAAGCAAAAGUUUGCUGAGCUUCUUGAGCAACAAAAACUUGCACAGUUCCCCUCUAAGUAAAGAAAUUUAAGGAGGAAGACAAUUGUGGUUUUAUCUUAGGAUCAUGUUUUUAUUAAUUCUCCUACAUUGAAAAAAACCAAUGAUCGCUUCCGAAUUGUAAUGAACUUCUCAAACUUCUAAUAUUAUUACUCUGUUUUCAAAUGGAAGACUGAUAAAGACUACACUUCAUAGUUCUUUUUACAGUGUUGUGUAAUCGGGAUAUGUGAACACACAAGCUAAUGCUUAAAUUUGCUGUUUGCUUUUCCCACCUUGAUGUAUAAUACGAUCCAUAAAAAAAAAAUAACCCGGCAUUCGAAUCUACUCAUCGGGUUAUUAUCAUUAUUGUGGCUAUUUAUGAAUUGAUGUCUUAUUAUUUUUUCUACUUAUAAAAAUAGGCCAAACUUAUUCCUUAUGUGAUGCAU